GGACAGAGAGGAGCGGUGCGGGGCGGAGCGGGGCGAGAGGAGCGGCGCGGGGCGGAGCGGGGCUCCCCGGCCCUCCCCUCCUCUCCUCUCCCCUCCUCUCCCCUCCGCGGCACAGCCCCACACCAGCCCGGGGAGCGGGGCCGCCAGCCCGUCCUGCCCAGCCCUGCCCAGCCCAGGCUCCUCUCAGGCCUCGGGGAUGUCUUCUGAGCCCUCCUCCUCCUCCUCCUCGCAGUGCCCCGCCUCGCCCAGCUCGCUGCACCUGCCCGAGAGCCGCCGGCGGGAGCGCUCCCCCUCGCCCAUGCGGGGCUGCCUGAUCCCCAGCCCGCUGCCCACCCGCCGCACCAGGACCUUCUCGGCCACGGUGCGGGCGUCCGAGGGUCCGGUCUACAGAGGGGUCUGCAAGUGCUUCUGCCGCUCCAAGGGCCACGGCUUCAUCAGCCCCGCCGACGGGGGGCCCGACAUCUUCGUGCACAUCUCUGACAUUGAAGGCGAGUACGUUCCCGUGGCGGGCGACGAGGUCACCUACAAGAUGUGCACCAUCCCUCCCAAGAACGAGAAGCUGCAGGCAGUGGAGGUGGUCAUCACCCACCUGGCCCCUGGCACCAAGCACGAGACGUGGUCAGGGCACGUCAUCAGCUCCUGAGUGUCCCCUGGAGCAGCCUGCUGGGCUCUGCUCCACAGCUGGCUGCAGGACCUGGCUGCAGAAUGUUGUGUGUGAGGAAAUACUGAGUUGUCAAUAAAGCAGAAGCAGGCCGAAAUUACCAUUUUUUUACAGCUGGCCUGGUUAACAAAAAAAAAAAAAAAAAAAAAAAAAAAUUAAAAAAAAAAUAGGCAAUUCAAAUGCUAAUGAAAAAAAUCUAGCGUAAUGUGUUUAUAAGAAAUGUAUUUAAAGAGACCUAGUUUGUGUGCUUGGUGGAGGAGGGGAGGUUUGGGUUUUCAUCUUGUGAACUGAUUCCAGGAAAUGCCAUGGGGAAGGGGGAGAGGUUUCAGGGUGAGCUUUUCUGUGAUGGUCAAGCACAACUCUGAGCCCUGGGUGUUGUGUGAGCCCCGUGUUCCCUUGGGCUGCCCUUCUAGAGCUGCAGCACCUUCACUGCUGAUAACAGUGCCUGAAUGCCUUGGCCUCACAGAGGUGUUCACUGCUGAGCUGUUUUCCUCAUGGAAGGAAGUUCACAAACAGAGCAGCUGCCACAGGGUGGAAAUUCUCCAUCACGUGGUUAUGCUCCAGUGCCCAUCAGGUGCACCACUGCAAAUGCUGUGGCUGCACAGGUGUGGAAACUGUGUUGUACUGGUAAAGCUGGGCUUGUUUGUGAAUUUACUUAGGUGCCUUGAUGGUUGAUUAGCAACAAAUUUUAUAGGCCAGUAUUAAAAAAAAUUCCAUCCCAAAUUUAAAUUUGUUUCAAGGUAAGUGGUAGAAAAAUGUAGAGUAGUGGAUACUUCAUAGGCUCUGACUGUGUCUGGAUUUUGAUAAAGCUGAAGAUUUGCCUUGUAGACUGCAUACAGCUGUGCCACAGGCAGCAGGACACCUGCACUGCUGCACAGCAGGUGUGUGCUGCCCAGGUGCCUGUGCAUUAAAUACUGUGUGUUACUCAGCAGGCUCAGCUGGCUUGGUGAAGUAGAUUCUGCAUCUGUUUCCCCAGCAAACUUGCUUGGUAGGAUGUGAUAGGGCCACCCUUCCCCAGACUCUUCAUGUAGUUGUAGUGCUACUAAAUUGGUUUUGUUCCUGUUUGCCUACCACGUUGUUUUGUUGUUUUUUUUUUUUUUUUUUUUUUUCAAAUGAAGCAUUUUUCUCUGUUCUGUUCCUAACAGUGGAUUUUUAUUGACUUUGCAAAUAAAAAUUAAAAAAAAAAAAAAAAAAAGGCACAACUCUUGUUAGUUGUAUAGAACAGUGAAGCUUCAGCUGUGUAUUUGGAGCUUCACCAAGAGGUGCUCACUGUCAGGACCUGCCCUGAGCCUUUCACAGCAGCUGCUCUGUUCCCAGGUGUGAUGUGGGCUCAGGAACUGCUGUGCUGGCUUGUUUUCCCUUAGCUGUACCUGUGUUACACCAUGGUAGUGGGGUUUGGGUUUGGUUUUGUUUUAUAUGACCCAUAAGCCUUGGCAGUGUAGUGGUGGGUUUAUCACUCUGCAGCUUGUUGGAAUAUCACUCCCUGCUUUCUUUACAAUAAAUGCAACAAUUUCAGUGCACUA